AGAAAGGGUAGAAGCUGGGUUGCUUUCUGGUUCUAGAGAGAGAGAGAGAGAGAGAGACAGAGUGGGAUAAAGAGGGGAGAAAGAAGAGAAGAUAAAACUUCUCUUCGUCCCUUCCCAGAUGGUAAAACAAACAAAGGAAGAAAGAUAGAAAGAUUCAAAGGAGCCCUAUUUGUUGAUCUUCGUUUCUUGAAUUUUCAGAACCUCGACUGUAAAUAAAGAAAGCAAGAAAGAUAUAUAUACACACACGUAUAUACAGAGAGAGAGAGAGAGAAUUGGCUGGUUUACAGAAAAUGGUGGCGGGGAAUGAGGCGGAGCCGCCCAAUUGGAUGGCGAACUUUCACCGGGAUCUGCUGGCGGGGGCGGCGAUGGGCGGCCUGGUGCACACAAUCGUGGCCCCAAUUGAGAGGGCGAAAUUGCUUCUUCAGACGCAGGAGAGCAACGCCGCCAUUGUUGGGGGGUCUCACCGGAGGUUCAAGGGCAUGCUGGAUUGUAUCGUCCGUACGGUCAAGGAAGAAGGCGUUCUCUCUCUGUGGAGAGGCAAUGGUAGUAGUGUUCUUCGCUAUUACCCCUCCGUGGCUCUCAAUUUCUCCCUCAAGGAUCUUUAUAAGAAUAUCUUACGCAGUGGCAACUUUCAAGGGAGUCAUUUUGUGUCUGGUGCAUCUGCCAACUUCAUUGCUGGAGCUGCAGCUGGUUGUACAACAUUGAUCAUCAUCUACCCUCUUGAUAUUGCACAUACCCGUCUUGCUGCUGACCUUGGAAGUAACGAUGUUCGUCAGUUCCAAGGCAUAUGUCAUUUCCUAAGCACCAUACGCAAGAAAGAUGGCAUUCGAGGGAUAUACAGAGGGCUUCCUGCCUCUCUUCAUGGAAUGAUUGUUCACAGAGGCCUUUACUUUGGAGGUUUUGACACCAUAAAAGAAAUGAUGUCAGAAGAAUCAAAACCAGAGUUGGCAUUGUGGAAGCGCUGGGCAGUUGCUCAGGGAGUCACAACAUCAGCUGGAUUGCUAUCGUAUCCACUGGAUACAGUUAGGAGGCGGAUGAUGAUGCAAUCUGGCUUAGAACAACCAGUGUAUAGUAGCACUUUCGAUUGCUGGGGGAAGAUUUACCGUACAGAGGGAGUGGCUUCAUUCUACCGCGGGGCUCUGUCAAAUAUGUUCAGAAGUACUGGUGCUGCCGCCAUAUUGGUUCUGUACGAUGAGGUAAAGAAGUUCAUGAAUUGGGGUGGAUUCUAACACACACUGUUCUCAUUUCAGAACAUAUAUAGAGUAGGAAAAGGCAGAAAUAGAGCAACAGAGUCCUUUAUAGAGAACGAAUAGGUUUUGUAACUGUAGAUGAGGCCGCACGCCUUAAUUUUUUUGGCUGACAUAUAAAAGAAUAGAGACUAGCUGAAAUUCUUUCAUAUGAAUGUGGAAAACUUUGUUGUUUGUUGGUAGAAAUAUUGGAAACCAUGUUUGUGAGAACAUUUGUAAUAAGCCCCGGAAAAAUAAAAACAAAUGUUGGGAAUGCUUUCCGGCUGUUAUAUACACCGGAAAGCUUUUCCGUCACCAACAUUUGUUGGGGUUUUCUUUUUAACUGUCAAUAACCGUCGGGGAAGCCCUAUAUUUUUGUGGUGAUGUAGCAAUAUUUCUCAAAUUGACGUGAGAUGUGACAAGAAGUUAAAACUUUUUUUUUUCUUGUUUUUUCUUUCAUGUGGUC